AUGUCCUUCCCCUCGCUCAAGCCUGCCCGUCCCCUCUCGCAUUCGGCCGCGUCCGCCACUGCCGCUACCCCCGCUGCUUCCUCGUCUACACCUACGCCAAAGAAGAAACUCACGAAGCUUAUCCCAACUGCGCCCAGCGGCGUGUCCUUCAUGUCGCCGUUAUACGCUGCGGCGUCGAACUCGAAGAAGAGCUCCUCGGAGCCCAACCAGUCUCCCUCUCCAGCCACGUUUCGUACGCCACCACCAAGGCGCGGGCGGAAUGUUAUCGACCUCACACUCGACAGCGACGAGGAGACUCCCGAGUCAUCCGGUGAAGACGGCACGCGAAGGACGUCGUGGAUAGUGAGCGGGGCGAGUGGCAUCUCCACAGCGACGAAGACGGACAGCCCGAAGGGAAAGAAAGCAAAGCACAAGAUCACGCCCACGCGACCGGCGCCGGCGCCGCCUUUUUCGGGGUCUAGCACGCCGCCCCGUGGCCCGCUCGCCAGCACUCCGGUGAGAUGCGCAGGCUACACGCGCGCCGGCACGCCCUGCAAGCGCUUAGUGCGUGCCCGUGCGCCUCUUCUUGCCACGCCUUUGGCGAACGACGGGGACGCGCCCCGCGCCGGCGCGGUGGGCCGGUACUGCCGCGACCAUGCGGGCAUGGUGUGCGCGGCAGACGGGUUCUAUUGGCGUGAUGCGCGCGGCAAGGCGGGUGUAUACAUCGACUUCAAGGACUACAUUCCGUCUGACCUGGGCCAGCAGACGCAGGCGCUGCUACGUGUGACGAUGGACUCGCCACUGACGGCCAAGGAGAUGCCCGGCUUUCUGUAUGCCUACGAGCUGCGCACGCGGAGCGGCGCGCAGACCGCAUACUUCAAAGUUGGGCGGAGCGAUAACGUCCCCCGCCGUAUGGGCCAAUGGUCCGCACAGUGCGGAUACAUCCCCACGCUGCGCGACGUGUUUCCACUCAAGGCUCGCGCGCCCACCGGCUCUGGCCUCGCGCGCGCGCCGUCAAUCAUGCACACCUUCAUCCCCGGCGCGACGAAGGCAGGCACCGACGCUGCGCGUAUGGUGCCAGCCGUCAAGCGCUGGGAGCGGCUCGUGCAUCUUGAGCUCGCGGAUCGCGCUGCGGCGUCGCGGCCUAAGGAGUACGAGGCGCUAAGCAAGCCGUGCUCGGACUGCGGCAUGGUCCACCAGGAGAUCUUCCCGCUCGAGGGCGACCCGCGGAUCUACGAGCGUCUGGUGGUCGACGUCAUCGAGCGGUGGGAGCGGUUUGUGCGCGUCAUUACCGAGACAUGA